AUGAAGUCAUCUCCACUCUCUCGAGUGACUUCCAACAAUGCCCCUCCCUUCACCCCUCCCCGUGCUCGUCGUCAUGACCCCGACUGGCACGCCGAGAGAAAGUCGUCUCACAAUCUCCAGGAAGCCUGUACAAGUCGUGAUGGAGGAUCCCUUUUUGCAUCCUAUCAGACACCUACUAAAACUAGGAAAAAUAUUUCAGCCUCUCCAACAGUCAGGUUUGCUGUCUCGCCAAAAUCUAACAUUGCUGGGGCGGUUGCCUCUCCACAGCGCAUGGGCGUCGGUGCCAGCAAGUGGACGUUGAACCCCGUCAACAGCUCGGCGUCGAAGUACAUCGCCAAAGCUGAAGAAAGGUUCCAACUCAGAAACACAAGGCCAAAGAGGACCUGGGAUGCUCCAAGAGACCGCUUCAUUCCUAACCGCGCAGCCAGUAGUGGUACUGCUUUACUAAAAAUUCACAAAGUCCAGACCCGUCUCAACAAAUAUUCCACUAACACUAAACUCAACACAGAGGAUGGAAUACUCGAAGGCCGUGUCUUUGGUCGUAACCAUGGUCAAGUGAAUGUUAAAUCUCCAGGAAUCGACUUUGAUCAACCAAACGUGGAGGCGCUUCAGGCCCAGUCCUCCUUUGCUAACGCUUUGGGUAUUGACCUUGAAAGCCGUGUCUUUGAAUUUAGACCUAAGACCAAGCCCAAGCCCUUUGACAUGAGAGCCGAGUACAAUCGUCCCCUGGUCAGUGUUGCCAGUAAGGAAAAACGUCACAUCCAGUCUUGCCCAGAUCGUGUGCUUGAUGCUCCAGGAAUCAAGGAUGACUUCUACCUCAAUCUCGUUGACUGGUCAUCUGGGAAUAGAGUUGUAGUUGGAUUGGACCAGGAAGUUUACACCUGGAAUGCGGCCACUAACCAAUCUUCCCUUCUUGCUCAAACACAUGGAGAUACUUACGUCAGCUCAGUCAAAUUUGCUCGCGAUGAAGAGACCCUUGCCAUUGGAACUUCCGAUGGAAAGGUUCAGAUCUGGGACGUCGAGAAGCAAAAAAGAACUCGAACAAUUCAAUGCCAUGCCGGCCGUGUCGGUGUGAUGGCUUGGAGCUCUAGUGGAACUUUCACCACCGGCAGUAAAUCUGGAAGUAUUUGGAAUCAUGACCUUCGCAUGAGAGAACACAAAACUUCUGAACUGAUUAGUCACCAGCUGGAGGUCUGUGGUCUCGAGUGGCGUUCUGACGGGCUUAUGCUGGCCAGUGGUGGCAAUGACAAUCGCGUCAACAUCUGGGACGCAAGAGUGUUGAAUGCGCCCAGAUUCACUAAAACCAAUCACAAAGCUGCAGUCAAGGCUCUCGCUUGGUCCCCAUGGCAACUUAACACCCUUGCCACUGGAGGAGGUCAGGGCGACGGGAAGAUUCACUUCUGGAAUUCGACCACUGGUGCCCGCAUUAAAUCGAUCGAUUCCGGCAGCCAGGUUUCAAGCUUGAAAUGGAGUUCCAGCUAUCACGAGAUCGUGUCGUGCCAUGGCGCUCCCGAUAAUCAGCUGACGAUCUGGAAUUAUCCUGAUCUGACUCGCAAAUGCGAGAUUCCGGCGCACGAGUCCCGCAUCCUCUUUUCGGCUCUCAGUCCUGAUGGUCAAACUCUUGCCACCUGCGCGGAUGAUGAAAACCUCAAGUUCUGGAAGAUCUUUGAGAACAAGCCUGGGAAGAAGCAGGCUACUAAAGUCAAAGGCCGUCCUGACUGGAUGCUCAACACUGUGAUCCGCUAA